AUGUCUUCAGGCGAUGACACAACGGGCCACGGACCUGCAAUAGAGGACGUCACAAGCGGAGAGAAACAUGUCCGCCAACAAGAUGAACUUUCAAUUAUUCCUGAAGAAUUCGACGCCGAAGAGGAACAGAGGCUGGUGAAGAAACUGGAUCUUUUUAUCAUGCCCAUUAUGGCAGUGGUUUACUUCUUCCAAUAUAUCGAUAAAAACUCAAUCAACUACACCGCCGUCUUUGGCCUCAGAAGCGAUUUGAAACUCACAAGCAAGGAUUACUCUUGGGCCGUUUCCAUAUUCUACGUCGGCCAAUUGGUAUCUCAGUAUCCAGCUGCUUAUGUCCUCAGUCGCUUCCACAUCACACGGUUUAUCGGCGCCACAAUCAUCACGUGCGGUGUUAUGGAGAUGUGCAUCGGAGCAUCGCAGGAUUUUGAAGGCCUCGCUACUUGUCGUUUCUUACUAGGCUUCGCCCAAGCUGCCGUAUCUCCCGCUUUCAUCAUCCUCACGUCCAACUGGUACCGUCAACACGAGCACCCGAUGCGUGUCGCGACAUGGUUAUCGAUGAAUGGAAUCAGCCAGAUAACUGGGGGUCUUCUCAUGUACGCUCUUGGCGACAUGGAGAUGGAAAUCCGCAGUUGGAGAGUCAUGUUUCUUGUCUUUGGAGCGUUGACUAUACUCUUUGGUUUCCUGUUCGUGGCCAUGAUGCCCGUUGACACUGCAACCGCCUGGUUCUUAAAUAAGCGGGAGAGAGAGGUUGCUACAGGGAGACUAGCCAUGGAUUGUGCAACAAGCAAUACAGGAAACUUUGACUAUCAACAGAUGCGUGAGGCGCUAGGUUCGCCCCUGUCAUGGCUGUACUUCUUCAUGGCGUACUACAUAGCGUCUGCCAAUCCUAUCACAAAGUAUUCCUCCAUGGUUAUCGAUGGAGUCGGGUUCUCCAAGUUCGAUUCGAUGCUCGUUGGACUUCCCGCUGGUCUACUAAACUUCAUCACCUCCUGGGUUUCAGCUUUAGUUCCCAAGUUCUUCCCCGAUACCAGGAUAUACACAGCUAUUUGUCUCAUUCUGAUACCCUUGUCUGGCUCCAUAAUGCUUUUCGUCUUUUCCUCUCAGACAAACGAAACUUAUUCUUGGGGUGUCGUGGUCUCGACGUGGCUGGCAACAUGUUACACUGCACCACUCUGCUCGUGUGCUGGCCUUCUAGCCAGCAAUGUUAAAGGGAAUACCAAAAAGAGCGUUGUUGGUGCUGCAUUCUUUAUUGCGUAUAGCAUUGGCAGCAUCAUAGCGCCGCAGAUGUGGGGGAGGAAGGGCGACACGCGGUAUCUCACUGGGUACACAUUUACCAUUACCAAUUGGUGUUUGCUGAUGCUUGUGCUUAUCACAUACCUUGCAAUUAUCAAGAAAGAGAACAGAACCCGUGAUUGUCGGGCUGCCAGUCGACGUGUAGACCCGGAGGGUGGAAGAGAUGAUGCUCUGAUUGGUGUGUCUGAAGAUUCGGAUCUCACAGAUUCGCUAGACAAGAAAUUCCGAUACAGCAUGUAG